GAAAAAAAAGAAAGAAUGAAACAAAAGCAACGUUGAGGUGGGAGAGAGAGAGUGAAAGAGAGGUGAAAAAGAAGAUGACAUGCAGCCGCUUUUGCCGCUGUACAGCGCUUCAAUUCAAUACGCAUAAUAUAUAAAUAUAUAUAAUUAAAUUUAUAAUACUAUAUAUAUAUUAUAUAAAUGUAUAUUAUAUAAUUGGUGGUAUUUUUUUUGCUCACAGUGAGCGUAAAAUCGCAGUAGGAGAGUUCUCCUGGAAUCUCCUUUGGGUUUGUUGGUUUUGGGGGUUUGGAUUUGGGUAGAGCUGCUUUGCUUCGUCUCCAUAAAAGAAAAAGAAAACCCACCAAGGGAUAUGGAGAAAGAGAAGAUACCCAGAAGAAAAUAAGUCAAGGAUUCGAUGGUUGUGGCAGAAUUUCAAGCGUCCUUUCUUGGCUUACGGAAGAUGGGUUUUUGGUGCUAAUGUAGUGUGCUGACUUGGUCAUUAUUAUUCGAAAGCUAUGGCUACGGAUUCUUCUUUGGAGGCAAUUCUUAUGGAAAAUGCAGAGCCAGAGGCGUUUGGAGGUCAAAAGAAGCUGUAUGCUAUCCAAAAAUACGCGUAGGCCUGAUGGUCUCUAUGCCCAAAAAUGAGUUUCCCUUGACCCUUCAAAAUGCACUAAGUUAAGCAUGGAGAAAAAGAGAGAACUUGUCUAUGAAAUAUCAAAUUGGUCACAUGGUGCCUCUGAAAUGCUACAGUCUUGGAGCCGACAGGAGAUUUUACAGGUCCUGUGUGCAGAGAUGGGAAAAGAAAGGAAGUAUACUGGCUUGACAAAGUUAAAAAUUAUAGAGAACCUUCUGAAACUUGUAUCUGAAAAGAAAUCUGGGGGGCACGAAGUUGCAACAGACCUUGAUCCACAGUCUUCUCCGGCACCAAGCCAAAGAUCUACGAAAAGGCAGAGGAAAACUGAUCAGCCAUCCCGACUACCUGCUGUAGCAAGCAAUUUAUCAAUCAAUAGCAGCAGUAGCGAUACAGCUAAUACUGUUUACUGCAAAAACUCAGCUUGCAGAGCUGUGGUUAGUCGAGAAGAUGCAUUUUGCAAGAGGUGUUCAUGUUGCAUCUGUUAUCAGUAUGAUGACAACAAAGAUCCUAGCUUGUGGUUGAUUUGCAGCUCGGAGGCUCCAUUUCAGGGUGAUUCAUGUGGCAUGUCAUGCCAUCUUGAGUGUGCAUUAAAACAUGAAAGUUCAGGUAUUGGUAAAGAGGGACCACGUGGGGAUCUGGAUGGGAGCUUUUAUUGUGUAUCUUGUGGGAAAGUGAAUGAUUUGCUCGGAUGUUGCAGAAAACAAUUGGUGAUUGCAAAUGAUACCAGGCGGGUGGACAUACUGUGUUAUCGUGUCUCCUUAAGCCAAAAGCUACUUAGAGGAACUGAAAAAUAUCAAAAGCUGUAUGAUAUGAUGGAAGAAGCUGCAAAGAAGCUUCAAGCUGAUGUGGGUCCAUUGACUGGUUUACCUGUAAAGAUGGGUAGGGGUAUUGUCAACAGGCUUUCUUCUGGUACAGAGGUUAAGAAGCUUUGUGCUUCUGCUCUGGAGUUGCUGGAGUCAAUCCUUUCCAACGCAAUCUCACAUCCAAUGCCAAAUCCUAUAAUUAAAGAAAAAAAUUUAAUUACUCCAGACAUGGUUAAAUUUGAAGAUGUCCAUGCAACGUCCCUCACCGUGAUCUUGGGUUCUGUAGACUCUUUAUCAGAAAAGAAUGGUUACACUUUAUGGCACUGCAAGGCUCAUGAUAUGAACUAUCCUAAAGAACCAACUUGUACACUGUAUGCCCCAAAUACAAGAUUUAUUGUUACGGGGCUUACUCCUGCUACAGAAUAUAGUUUCAAAGUUGUUUUAUUUGAUGGUAAAACUGAGUUGGGUACCUUUGAAGUUCGGUUCUCAACAAGCACCGGUGGAGAAGAUAAUAGCUCGGUAAUGGAAAGAAGUCAAAGCCCUGCAACCAACUGUAGCAGCCUUUCUAAUCCGUCUUCAGUAGAAGAUGAAACUAAUAACAUUAAUCCAUUUAGUGACCAAGCUGAUAACCGAGCAGACAAUUAUCUUACCUAUUGCAAGGACAGUGAGAAGAUUGUUUCUGCUAAGCUAUCAAAUGAUGCCAUAGACUGUAAUGACACAGGUGGAGGAACCCCAGCGGAUACCAUUUCUUUGUUGGAUGAGGAAAAUGGCAUGGGGAUGGUGGGGUCCAUCUCUAAUUCUGAGGUCUUAAAACUUGACAGUAAGCAAUUGCCUGAUGACCAAAUUAUUGAAGACACGAGCACUGAUGAUGGUUCAAAUACUCCAGUUCGAACUGGACUGGAAUGUGUACCAGUUAUUGGUAGUUCAGAAGCCAGCUUGCCUAUUACUCCUUGCAAGUUGGAAAUACUCAAGGAUGGGCUUGGAAGGAAUGGGAGAUCAAAAUCGAGCAGCAAGGAUAAGGAAAAUGGGACUGGGAAAGGAGAGGAACCCCAAGAUGGAAGCACAUCAAAGAAGAGAAGUGGGGAAAGGCUGGAUGAGGACUGUACGGCGAAUGGUCUUUCGGACAGGGAUUUUGAGUAUUAUGUGAAGGUGAUCAGGUGGCUAGAGUGUGAGGGACAUAUUGAGAAGAACUUCAGGCAGAAAUUUCUCACUUGGUACAGCUUGAGAGCCACUCCUCAGGAAGUAAGAAUAGUGAAGGUAUUCGUUGAUAAUUUUAUCGAGGAUCCAGCAUCCCUUGCAGGGCAACUUGUGGAUACCUUCUCGGAAAGUAUUUCGAGUAAACGAGUGUCUGUGGUGCCAACUGGGUUUUGCAUGAAGCUUUGGCAUUAAUCCUAUGGCAAAGGGUGUCUCUAUAUUUGGUUUGAACAAGUUUUGAAACGCAAACUCAUUCGGGUUUGUGCAGCAGUUAAUUCUUUAGACCCCAUCUAACAUUCUUCAUUUAGAAUAUCAUUAUUUAUAUUUAUCAUCAGUCAUUUGUCCAUUCUUAUGGUGUAAGAAUGCUAGAAAUUUUAUCUCUUUAUGGUAGUACAAUUUCUAUCUCAGUUCAUAAAAAAGUAGUUUCCAUUUUUGCAAUUGAUUUGCUGAUUGUUAUAUGGAUGUGGAAGAUGGGAAUAUUUAUACAUAGUCGGACAGAAGUUCAAACUCUGAAAAGAACAGUGAAACAAAUGUGAAAUCCAUCAGUUUGGCUAUAGAUGAUGAGAACAAUAAAAUAUUAUUUUUCGGAUUCAA